AUGAAUCUUGUGAUAGUAGAAAAUGGUAUCUUAAAACAUAUNGGAAUACCUCCUCAGGUUGCAAGUGCCACAGCCACCUUUGGAAUGACCUUCUCAUCAUCAAUGUCUGUCGUAGAAUUCUACCUUCUGAAUCGUUUUCCAGUCCCGUAUGCUCUAUACUUCAUUGUGGUGGCUCUUAUUGCUGCUUUUAUAGGGCAAUACAUCAUUACCAAGUUGAUCACUAUAACAGGAAGGGCGUCUCUGAUAAUCUUUGUUCUUGCCUUCACAAUCUUUGUCAGUGCAUUAUCACUGGGUGGGGUUGGAUUAUCAGACAUGAUUGGGAAAAUUGAGCAUGGUGAAUAUAUGGGAUUUGAGAAUCUCUGCAAAUACAAUGCCUAAUUUGUAGUCCUCUUAUUUGGACCUUCUCCAUGGAGCAUGGUUUAUUUUAGAUUGAUCAUACCGCGACAGGAUUUGAUUAUUUAUAAAUUAUAAGCUUUUUAUUAAUUAA